AUUGCAAUAAGCGCCAUUGUUACACCGUCGUCCAUUAUUUCAAAAAUGUCCCCCAUCAAGUUCCAAUUGAAAUCCAUAGUCUUUUUGACUGUUUUAACCUUGGGAUUCUGUUCGAUGAUUCCAUCUGAUGAUGACGCGAAUGUCAUCGACUUGCUACCGCAAUUGUCAAGCCUGGAAUCAGACGGCCAGGACGCCAUGCCAAUUUCCUGGGACGACGUGGAUCAGGAACCUAUUGAAAUUGUAGCUCCCAAAGCAGCAGCAACAACUGCCAGGACAACCGCCAGGACUUCGUCAACUCCAUCCGGCAGUUUCACGACCCCUUUGCCGGGGUCGUAUUGCGGAGUGGGCUGGCAAUACCCGGCGGAUGAUGAUGAGGAAAACAACAGGAUCGUUGGCGGGACAGUGACAUACCCAAACGAGUUCCCCUGGCAAGCGUUUCUAAGAGUGGAAAUGAGCACGGGGAGCAUUGGGUUCUGCGGAGGAUCGUUGAUAUCCAAUCGAUGGAUCCUUACGGCCGCCCAUUGCCUUGUUUCUCCAGGGCAAAAAUUAAAGUCCGUCAAAGUUUACUUGGGAGCCCAUAAUAUUACAACGUACGAAACCAACCGGAAAUCUUAUUCGGCAAUGCAAGUCUUUAUUAAUCCGGAAUGGAAUCAAACCACUCGGGCGGGAGAUAUCGCUCUGAUUAAAUUGUAUUCUCUAGUCACCUUCUCUCGAUACAUCCGACCGAUCUGCCUGCCGAGUACAGUCGAACCGGAUUACGUCAAUCAAUACGUGGUCGUUACAGGCUGGGGUAGUAGUACGACGAGAGGUAAUUCCAGUCUGAGUCCUGUACUCCGCAAGGCGACAGUCCCGGUCAUUUCGAACGCAGAGUGUCGAUCCGUUUACAAAGGGAUUAUAACCAGCAAAGUCAUGUGCACCAGUGGAUCCAACUAUCGUGGAACGUGUAAUGGCGACAGUGGCGGACCGAUGAAUUACAGACAGUCAAAUGGCAGGUGGAAACAGAUCGGGAUCGUUUCGUUCGGCUCGUUGGGAAAUUGCCAGAGCGGCCGUCCGUACGGUUACACGAGACUGAGUUCCUAUUCAUCUUGGGUUCGUGCCAUCGUGUCGGCCAAUUCCGCGUCUACUACACCAAGGACACCGACUACUUCUACUAGACCAUCUUCUUCGGCAACCAUUCAAACUUCACCCGCCAUUUUGUUGCUCGUUUCAUUGAUUAGUUUUCCCAUGAAUUUCUAAAUAUUUCCCACCCUAUCCUGCAUUUUAACUUCUGGCGUUUUGCAUUAAAGAAUUAAAGAUAAUUUUAAAUCGAAAAGAUAGAAACAAUAAAAUAUUCGAGUUGAA